GUGUGAUACUUUGAAGAUAACUUGAUGUUAAUAAACGCAGUUUUAGACAUUUUUAUUUGUCCUCAGAAAUUCUCAACUUUGAUUUUCACUAUCUGUGAUAACAUAUCGAGCAUUGAAGAUAUUAAGGGCAAUACCGGGACCUUAUCCUUACACAAUGCGUUCGGUCUGAGCCACAUCAUAUAAAGUUAUGUUUCCCAGGCGUACAUACUUGCCCUUAUUCAUCGUCAACUCUUCGCCGAGAUCCACAAUCCGAUCGGGCCGACGGAAGGCCUAUAUUGGUCCGGUAGUCAUCGGACAUCGGCUCUGAAAGUGCGCCAGGAACGCCAAGCCAAACUUACUUUCCACGUCACCAGGAGACUUCGAGCAAGAUUGGACUGGCCUCGCCAGUUUCCAAAUAUUGACUGGGUACAGUCCCCCACUCAAACGUUCUGUAGCUAAACGCCACAGAUUGUAAGUUCGUCUGGCAGCAACGUCAUUAUCCAGGUGGUGCAAUGUGGGGCAGGUAGCGACUGUCUUGGGGAAUUGGAGGGUUCUUGUGCUGUUAUCAAGCCUGGUUACGCAGGUGGCUAGCGCCAUCUUGGCAGUGGCUGCGCACCCCAAAAGGUUCUCUAUCCAGCGCGUGUCAGUUGGUCCCUCCGUGUCCUAAUCCAUCACUCAUCAUCUGAUGCCGCAAGAAGGACAUUAAAGCCGGUCGUUCUGUUGCUAUAGGUUUUGGAAUUUGAAAGGCAAGGCAUUCACUGACCUUUGUCUAUCACCCGUUGGCUGAGGUGCUUCGUGGCUGGGCAACCAUCCAACAUCCAGUCGCUUUAAAACGUGUGCGCUUACAACAUCUCACCAAAAGGAAACAAAACAGAAUCUAAAACCAGCCAAAAUGUGUUUCGGCAGCAAAAAGAACCUCUAUGAUGGGGAUGAUCUUCCCCCACGACCAGCCCCAGGGCAGGCGCCUCAGCAGCCAACGUAUGCACCUGAGCCAAAAGCAAGCGCUUCGGCAUCACACCAGGCACAGCCCCAGCAGCAUCAGCAUCAGCAGCAAUAUAACCAGCCGCCGCCUCCUAGCCCCCUCUCUGCUGUUCAACCUCCAGCAUCCUGGAAUUCCAAUAAUCUGUACAGCCAGACACAAGCUACACCUCACACCAUGCCCGUUGAGCUUCCCGACUCAGUCCACAACUCUAAUGCACCAGCUGAGUUACCAGCCAACGACUAUGCCCCUCCUCCGGGGCCGCCUCCUUCUCAUACCCGGCCGGCCGUAGAGAGCUAUGCGCCUCCUCCCGGACCACCCCCUUCUCACGGAACCGGGAAUGACUACGCACCUCCCCUGGGACCACCGCCGCCCCAUUCCCACGGAGCUGGUGACGACUUUGCUCCUCCUCCCGGGCCUCCACCGUCUCACGGAGCUAGCAACGACUACGCCCCCCCUCCUGGUCCUCCUCUCCCGCGUAAUGACUACGCCUCCAUUCCCCCUCCCAGCGCUCCUCCCAUUCCCGCAGCAUCUAAACCCCAGGAGACCAAGCACGACUGGGAGUCAGUCGUCCCCGACACCUCUCUCUUUCCACCCCCUCCUGCUUUCUUCGCGGCGUAUGACUCCUCCCACGCAACCAACGCCACCGAGGCCGAAGCCGAAGCAGGCGAGGCAUGGUGCCGUCAGCACCCCCUUUCCCCGCCCAUUGACCUCGACCACCACUCCCUGGAGGCUCAAAACAACCACAACCCCCGUCUGAUGGUCCCCGAUGUGUUCAAGGGAACCCUCCAGUUCAAAGAGCACGGCAUUUGGGCCGGUCAGACAGACAGGAACGCCACUGAUUCUUGCAUCAUCGGCUAUCCCCCCCUCUACACAGUAAAAACCCACUCUCCCUUCACCUCCCCCACCCCAGAGAAGACAAUCUACUACGAAGUCGCCAUCACUUCGGCCGCCAACCCCCACGAGAUUUGUCUCAGUCUGGGGUUCACCGCCCUCCCUUACCCAUCCUUCCGGCAGCCUGGCUGGCACCGCGGGUCGUUGGCUGUUCACGGUGAUGACGGCCACAAGUUCAUCAAUGACCGGUGGGGAGGCAAGGACUUUACGGGACCGUUUAGAGUGGGGGAGAGGUAUGGUAUCGGUAUGACUUUUACCGCGGUGGCAGGGAGGAUGGAGACGGAGAUUUUCUUUACGAGGAACGGGCUGCAGGCUGGGAGGUGGAAUUUGCACGAGGAGGGUGACUCGACUGAUUUGCCCGUGACGGGGUUGGAGGGGUAUCAUGAUUUGAGUUGUGCGGUGGGCACGUAUGGGGGGGUUGGUUUUGAGGUGAUUUUUAGGCCGGAGACGUGGUUGUUUUUGCCGGAGGGGUAUUAUCCUGGGAAGAGGGGGUAGCAGUUGAAUAAGGGGUAAUUUAGGGGUAGUUUUGGGGUGUAGAUAUGGAUAGGCUUUGAACAGUACACAGAUUAAUUCUCUAC